UCUAAGAAAAGUGUAAUUUCUUGAUUAACGCUUUCUCAUCUGUGGUGAAAUAUUAUCUUUAUAAUCAAUGCGCUCUCAUUGUAAUUUCCUGUCGACAAACUCAGUAACAUCAAAACAAAAAGCAUUCGUCUUUCUGUCGUUAUACUAAGAGAUCUAAACUGAAAAGAUGCAGAUGGGGUUUAUAGUAUUUUCCUUCGUAGCAACAUGCUUGUGCUGCGUUUUAUGGAACGUGGAGGGUACCAGCAUGCCUUUGUGCCCUGAAAAUUGUGACAAUUUCCAAUGUUCGACUGUCCCAAACUGCCAAUGCGGAUCUUACAAAGGAUGGUGUGGUUGUUGUUCCUACUGCUACAAAUGUCCUGGAGAAAUCUGCCAUCGUCUAGGUUUGAACCGGUGCGCUCCUGGUUCAAAGUGCAUGAAAGGUGCUGACGUGCCCGGAAUCUGCCAGAUGUCAUAAAGAAAAUCCUUCAAAGAAAAUGAAUUUCGAUUAAAAAAUAGUGAAUGAAAAUCAAAACUGGCAAAUUAACCCUCCGAAAACUUGAAUGCUUAAUAUUGCUUGAAUAGUUCAAACAAUAAAUGUAAUGGAGUUUAACCAUUUUGUUAAUUUUUUUCUCAUACUUAAAAUUUUCAAUAAAAAUUUGUUGCAUUGUGUGAAA